AUGGCAUCGUCUCACCCGCAAGUCCAAAUCCACCGUCAGUCAAUCGAGAACAGGGACGAGUUCUGGCUCAAGGCUGCCCGCGCUAUUCACUGGCACAAGCCUCCUACUGUCGCCUAUGGUCGCAGCAGCAACCCCAACGCUGGCUAUCUCGACCCUCAGGGUCACACCUGGUUCCCCGACGCCCAGCUCAACACGUGCUACAAUGCCCUCGACUGCCACGUCUACGCACCUGCCAAUCCCUCUGCCGCACCUGUUACCGUCUCGCCCGACACCCCGCACCUCGCACUCUCCCCCACAGCCCACAGAGUUGCCUUCCACAACGUCUCGCCUCUUUCGUUCCAAACACAACAGUCUCGCUCUGUGACCUACUACGAGCUGCUCCAGCAGGUGCAGAUCGUCGCGGGAAUUUUGAGGCACAAAGGCGUGCGCAAGGGAGAUGCAGUGGUGAUCUACAUGCCGAUGGUGAUCGAGACAUCGAUUGCGAUGCUGGCGUGUGCUCGGAUUGGCGCGGUGCACUCGGUUGUGUUCGGUGGGUUUGCACCCAAGGAGCUGGCCAAGAGGAUCCAGGAUUCAGGCUGCAAGAUGGUCAUCGCUGCCAGCUGCGGCUUGGAGCCAAAGGGCCCGGUCGACUACAAACCGCUGGUCGACGAAGCACUCAAAGUGUCGGAGCACAAGCCCGAAUCAGGACUGCUCUUCCUCCGAAGACACACGAUCAAGGGCCACACACCAGCGCAGUGUGCAAGCGACGGCGGCAACGGUCCAGCUGGCCUGCCCGAGUGGGACUGGGAAAUCGAGAGCAAGCUCACUGCAGACAAGGCCGGCGGCAGAUCGCCCUGCUGGGAAUGCGUGCCCGUUGCGAGUGAAGACCCGAUCUACACGAUCUACACCAGCGGCACCACUGGCGCACCUAAGGGUGUUUGCCGCCUCUCAGGAGGCCACAUCGUCCAGUUGCGCUACUCGAUCGAACACAUGUUCGGUAUGAAACCCCACGACGUCAUGUUCUGCGCCUCGGACCUGGGCUGGGUUGUGGGACACUCGUACAUCCACUACGGCCCGCUCCUCCUCGGUGCCACUUCGAUCAUCUUCGAGGGGAAGCCGAUCAUCCCGGACGCAGGCAUUUGGUGGAGGAUCUGUUCGCAGUACAGGGUGACGCAGAUGUUUUGUGCUCCCACAGCGCUGCGCGCGAUUGUGGGGCAGGAUGCGGAUGCGAAGCUCAUGCGUGCGCCCGGAGUGGAUCUGAGGAGCCUCAGGACACUGUUCCUGGCUGGUGAGAGGAGCGAGCCGCAGAUCGUGGCAAAGUUCGAGAGGCUGUUGAAGGAGUUGGCUGCACCUGGCGCUCAGACGAACGACAACUUUUGGUCGAGCGAGUCCGGGUCGCCUAUCACGGGCUUGAUGAUGUCGUCGGCAUUCGGGCCACUGCCGGCACGCCCUGGUAGCGCUGGCCUGCCUAUGCCAGGCAUGGACGUCCGCAUCGUCGAUGACAAUGGGCGGGAACUGCCCCGUGGUCAGAUGGGCAACCUGGUUCUAGCGACUCCUUUGGCACCCUCGUUCCUCGGCGGUCUAUGGCGCAACCCGGACCGCUUCUUCUCGUCCUACUUUUCCACCUUCGCGUCCAAGGGCGGCUGGUUCGAAACCGGCGACCAGGGCGUCAUCGACCCAGACGGCUACGUCUCCGUCCUCGCGCGCAGCGACGACAUCAUCAACGUCUCGGCCCACCGCCUCGGCACAGGCCUCAUCGAGCAAGUCGUCACUUCCCACCCGGACGUGAUCGAAUGCGCCGUCGUAGGCGCGCCGGACAAACUCAAGGGCCAAUCACCCUUCGCCAUCGUUGUCGCGCACAGCAGGGUGGCGGCUGCAACGGGGGCCGAGUCGCACAACUCGGCGCAGAGCGAGUCGGCUAAGCAGAUGCUCAAGAGCAUCAAUGAGCACGUGAGGAAGGAAAUGGGUCCGAUUGCACAGCUGAGCGGGCUGAUCGAGGCGCAGAAGCUACCCAAGACCCGGAGCGGCAAGACGCUGAGGCGGAGCCUGAGGCAGGCUGUGGAGAAUGCUGCUGCCGGUAAGAGGAAUGCACCUGUCGACUUCCCUCCGACCAUCGAAGACAAGGACGUUAUCGACACCGUACGCACAGCCAUCGAGCAGUACUUUGACGCUCUCGAUCGACCCGCCACCACAGACUCGACCUCGAGCUCGACCUCGACUUCGACUUCGACCUCUUCCACUGUCAACACACCCUUGCCAACCAACGUCAAAUCCAGCAUGAAGGCCCUCCAGCUCGAGCGCCCCGAAGGCGAACCCAAGAAAGGUCAGCGCAACAUUGCCGCCGUGCGCGAGGUGCCCACGCCCAAACCCACGUCGGACCAGGUGCUGGUCAAGAUCCUUGCCGCCGGCUUCAACCGUCGAGACGAGUGGUCUAUGGUCAACGCCUAUCCUGGGCUGGUCUACAAGAACGCCACGAUGGGCUGCGAUGGUGCUGGUACAGUGGUGGCGCCCAGCGGAUUCCAGAUUGCCAACGAGCAUCCGGACAAGGUGGUGCUGCUGACGCCCACGCGCGGUUGGGACUCGGACAAGGACGGUCCCGAAGCCGAACUUCCUGGUCUGAGCGAUGAGCAGCGCACCAACGGGCUUGGCGGGAAAGGGUUUGGUAUCCUUGGCGCCACCAAGCCCACUAACGGCGUGGGGACGUUCGCCGAGUAUGUUGCUGUCGAAAAAAACCAGAUCGUCGCUGCCCCCAAGCACCUCACGCCAGAACAAGCCGCCACGCUCCCCUGCGCUGCCGUCACCGCCUACCGGGCGCUCUUCACCAAGGCCCAGGUGCGCAAAGGCCAAAACCUGCUCCUCACGGGCGUCGGUGGAGGAGUGGCAAUGCUCGCCCUCCAAAUGGCCGUCGCCGCGGGCGCCAAUGUCUACGUCACCGGUGGAUCGGCUGACAAGAUCGCCCGCGCCAUCAAACUCGGCGCCAAAGCCGGCACUGAGUACAAAGACGCCUCCUGGCCCUCCAAGAUCGCGCACCUGCUCCCCACAUCCCGCCCCUACCUCGACUGCGUCGUCGACAGUGCCGGCGGCGAGAUCGCCGUGCAAGCCCAGAAGGCCGGGCUGAAAGCAGGCGGCAAGGUGGUCAUCUUCGGCAUGACCGCCGCACCCAAGUUGACGUUCACCAUGCGCGAGGUGCUCAAGAACAUCGAGGUGCUCGGCUCCACCAUGGGCAGCGCCCGCGAGUUCGAGGAGAGCAUCAGGUUCAUCGAGAGGCACCGCAUCGUGCCUGUGGUCGACACGGUGCUCGACGGCCUCGACAACGCCCAGCGCGGGUUCGAGCUGCUCGCCCAGGCCGACAAACGCUCCGGUGGAAAGGUGGUCGUCAAGGUCGCACAGUUGGAUGCCAACAAGAGCAAGCUGUAG